UAGGCUACUCGAGAGUUUACAGGCAGCGGUUCUGACUCAAGUCCGGUCUGCGAACAUGGAGUAAGCGAUCGUUUCCAGAGGUCCGUCUGCAGAUGUGGAGCGGAAGAUUUUUUUUGAGGAAAUUGGCCUUCGGAGCUGAUUUUCAGCCAAAGAACUGUCUUACAACAAUAAACCUAAUUGAAAACUGACCUUAAACACUGCCAAGGACCAGGUCUUUGUUAGUUAAUAUUCAACUCCUGGAGCUUCCUGCUGUGCCUGAAGGGGAAUUUGGAAAUGGGACUUUGCGUUUAGAUUUUGAAAGCAGCCAGACAGCCGGAUAUGGGCAGCGGUCCGAGCCGAGGGAAGAAAGUUGCACCUGCGUGUGUCAGCGAGGUGAGCGCGACCAAAACAGCUGCCGGUGUCACUUCCCCCAAGCCGGACCGCCGUCCAUUCAAGCCUCUCAAAAUCCACGCAAUUCUGCGCAACGCGCGCAACCGUGCGCCGCCGGACAGCCACAGCGAGGGGCACGACUCUGAGUUCUCUGGGGAGGACGAUGAUACUAACGCAGAACUGGACACAGUCAUUGCAGACUAUGAGGAGCGGGAGAGAGUUUCUGUGAAGAAAACCCCUCCCAAGAAGACUUCCAUGAAAUCCAAAACUUACGGCCUGUGUCACUUCAGCCGGGAAGACGCCGAGGAGGACUUCAGCCCAGCUCCGCGGCUGAGGGCCGCGGCGAGAGCCGAGGAGCCACGUGGCUCUCACGGUGGAUCCAGAGAUGUAAACAAGAGGAGCAAUGAUGCGUUCACACACUUCAAAAACCACACACCCGCCUGCCCCAGUCAGCACAACUCCUCCUCACAGGGCUUUUUGACAAGAGGGGCUUUGCUGGAAGCUGGUCCCACAUCAGAGAAGCAAUCGACCUGUGGCAGCUGCCAUGGCUCCUCUCUCCCCAUGCCAGUCAUCCUGUACGACGGAUCAGAAGAGGAGCUGAUGGACACUAUUGAGAGAGAGUUUAGUUGACCUCCAGCUGGGGAUUCUGCAGCAAAGCCACCGUCCUUUUGAGCUAACCUUUGUGGGACACAGCUGCUUGCAGGGGAAAUUUAAAAAAAAAAAAAAAAAAAAAAAGAGAGAGAGAAAGGGGAGCAGGGUUUCUGUUGACAAAUUCCCUGCUACAUGGGAAGGCUACUCCACUGUAUUUAUGCAGGGUGUCCUGGAUAAAUUCAACACUGUUUGUGUUGAACUUAAAAAGCUGCAUCGCAGACCUUUGCACUUACCCAAGUCUUACUUAACAACAAGAAGCAGUGUAACUGUAGAGUUAUAACACCGGCUCGAACAGAUGCCAGGAGGUUCUCCUCUCAGAGACCGAAGCUGUUAACUGACAGAGGCCCCCUUGGUUUGUUAUCUGCAGUGGUAAGGAGUCACCGUCACCCUCUCGAUGCCGCUGGGCUCCCACAGACCAUGCACCUACUUAUUUGUUACCUAUUACAUACUUUGCGUUAACUCGUCUGUUAAUGGGUGAAGGGGAGGACGCAGGCACUUCUCCGAUUGCUGAAACUCAGCAGCUUCCCGAAUUUGAGCAGUAAAGGAACAUUUUUAAGGCCUUGUGACUAAACUAUAUGCGAAGAUAACAUUUUUCACCAGCACUUGUUGCGCACAGUGUGAGGCUUUAGUUUUUCAUAUGGGGCAACCCUGCAAAGGUGCGAGCUGGGAUUAUGUAAGGUUUCCUUCCUGACCACAGUUCCUGGACUUCUCCACCCUUAUGAAGAAGGAAUGUGUGGACACAGAGGGACUUUCAGUCAGGCUCACUUUGACCCAGCUGCAUUUCUGCUGAUGACUCAGCCACCUUCAAACAUAAAGGUCUGCUGCCACUUAGUGGUGGAACAGGGUACUUUUGUGCUUGAGCACAUACUUGAGCAUUCGUGUAAAUACUGCAUGUGUCAACAAACUGCAUUUGCCACUGUUUAAAGAAAGGGCCAUAUCAACCACAAGAAUAAUUUUGUAAUUUUGUUUCAUAUU